AACCAAUCCACCACCUCUACUCGUGUUCAGUGUGAUUUCUGUGGUUUACUUGGUCAUACCCAAGACAAAUGCCACAGAUACAUUGCUAGUCGCCAACAGGCAGUGGAGGGUGCUAAGAAUCGCUACAAGCGUGGCAAUAAGGCUCAGGCAGGCUCCAGCAACUCUCAGAAUACCUCUCAGCAGCCCAAAUCUUCGCCCAACAAUGCCAAUUCAUCCACUGUGGUCACUGAAUCAGCUGGGAAUGCAAGUCUUCGUUCCAUUCAUCCCUCUGAUCCUCAUUGCCCUCUCCAACUUGAUGCUGACAUUGAUUGGAAUGCAGACACAGGCGCCACUUCUCAUAUGACACCUCAUCGUCAUUGGAUGCACCACUAUACCCCAUAUCGUGUGCCAAUCAAGCUGGCUGAUCACACUGUUGUCUAUUCAGCUGGUGUUAGUACUGUGGUGUUUAAUCCUGUGAUG